AUGGGACUCAAAGAAAAUGAUUGUAUCAUGAGUUAGCAUAUUAAAAAAAUAUGAAGUUAAUUGGUAUCGGAGUAAAUGUUAAUGCAACUUCAUAUGUCAUUGAGGAAAAGAAAUAAAAGAUUUAGAAAGACGAAUUUAAAAGAAGUUAUCUAAAAUACAACUAAAACUGGAAGAAGUACAAAAAGAAAAGAAGAAAAUAAAAAUGAAAGGAAAAUUAAAGUUUUUCUGGUUUGCAAAAAGAUAGGAAAUACAGCUUAGCAUUGUCGAGAAGUANUAAUUAGCAAUAAAAGAAAAACAAUAACAACUUGAAUAAAGUGGAUUAUUAGAUGAGAAUUUAAAAUAGGAAAGGUUUACUCAUACUGUGAACUACAAUUUUGAAACUUAUUUAAAAUAUACUAAGUUAGUUAAGACAGAGAAAGAAAAAGAAAUUUAAGUGAUUUAACCAAAAUAAAAGCGUAUUGCUAUUUAUGAUCGUCCUAAGUAAUAGAGAAACUAAAUAAAAAUAGAUUUGAUUUAACAUUAACUGAUUAUUAUGCUUGGACAACAUUUCAUGAUCCAUAUUACAAACCAGAUGAAUAUUCAGAAAUUGUCGUGUGUAAAAUAUAUUUAUCACCAAAAUGGUUAAUUCAUGCAUUUGGAAUGGGAAUGGAUCCAUGGAGAAAUAGAUUAGCUACUAAAGAAUUUGAUUUUGAAGAUUCUAAUUUAGACAAAUUUUGUUUGUAUAAUUCCUUCAUAAAUAACAAAGAUAUGAUGCUAAAUAAACUACCAGGUAUUGGGGAUCCAACAAAUCAGAAUAAUUUUAUAAUAAAUAAUAGUAUUUGAAACCCAUCUAUAGAAAGAAAAGAUGGCCUACAUUUGAAGAAUUUUGGAAUCAAGAAGAAAAAGCUCCAUUCAGAGUUAAUUGUACUAGAUAUGGAGAUUUUAGAAAAUUUAAAGAGUGGAUCCAAUAAGAAGUAAUUAAAAUUAUAUAUUAAUUAAGAUUGAACGUUGUUCUAAACUACCUUCAUUUGAAGAGAGAGUCUUAUAAAAGUAUGGGUAACCAGAAUUUUAUUCAGAUUAUUCUAAAACUUAUUAAUUCAAAACUGAAACAGCUGUGUAUAAAUAUACUAGAGAAUAUUUCUUAGAAAAAGGACAAAAAUUAGAUUAAUCUAAUGUGUAUGAAUAUUAUAUAUAUAUUAUAUAGUUUGAACAUACCUCUGUAAGCACCAGAACAUUUAGGUGAAGAAUAUCGUGUACCAAAUAAAUGAUAGUAUUAUGUGGUUAUUAAUUUUA